AAGGCAAGGCACCUUAUCCAAAAAUGUUAUGUUUGUAAAAGUACUUAAAAUGAAAAAAUAUUACUCAAGUUCAUCAAAAACCUAUGUGCUAUUGAAAUAAGGGGCUUGAAGAAGUUUAUUUAAAGCUGCUAAAAGGAAAUUUUGUGAAGUAAUUCCUUGCAUUCUUUGAGAGAGAGUCUUAUAUGUUAGCCUCGUUUAGAGAGAAUUCUAGACGCUAGGAAAACAUGCAGAUUGCUUACCGUGCAAAAUAUCCUGUAUCCGUCUGUGCUGUGCUCUUCUUAUCCAUUGUUUGCAAUGCACAGUUAACGUUUAACGAUGUUCAUCUCUAUAUCUGUAGCACCAAGAACUAUACAAGCACUAAAUUGGAGAGUAAUCUGAACUCAGUUCUUAAUAAUCUUGUAAGCAAUACAUCAUCAUCAUCAAAUGGUUUCAACACCUCUGUCUAUGGCCGAACUCCAGACAAAGUUUAUGGUCUUCUCCAAUGCUGGGGAGACGCAACAGUGGCGGAAUGCUUCAACUGUUCCAACUUGGCAAGAACCAGUGUUCGCCAGGAAUGUAGAAAUGCCAUAGGCGCUAGAGCUUGGCUGCCCAGGUGCUUCAUACGCUACGACAAUUACGACUUCAUCGGAAUACUUGAUACCGAGAUGAAGCUUGCUUACAAUGGAAAAAAGGUCACAGUUGACCCUGAUGGGUUUAGUACGGCGGUUUGGGGGUUUCUCACAAAGCUGUCAAUUGAAGCCGUUGGAUCUCCUCGUCGCUAUUCUUCUGGAUCGAUAACUACCUCUACAUUUCAGCAGAUAUACGGUCUGGUUCAAUGUUGGAGCGAUUUAACUUCUGUUAGAGACUGCAAAACAUGCUUAAAAAAUGCAAUUGGUGAGUUGUUAAAUGUGACGGGAGAUGGAACUCAUAUUGGAGGUGAGGUCGCCUUCGGAAGUUGCGUUGCUCGUUACGACACGUACACCUUCUUCGAUCCUGCCUCUGCACCGUCACAGCCUCCCUUCCAAUUGCUUUCUCCCCCAUCACCUCUAAAACCAAAAUUUUUUUCAAACAAAAUAGAUAUAGUUCUGGGUACUCUCGGCGGCUUCUUGGUGAUGUUAUUGCUAUGCCUGUUUGCAGUCAGAAGAAAGUUCAAAUCUGCGGUAUUAUGGAAGCCACCCUUCUUAAGGAAAGAGAAUCCAGAUACAGAUGUGUUCUCAGCGAUCGGCGAGGAACAUGUAAUGAUGUUCAAGUUGGAAAAUAUCAAGGCAGCAACUAGAGAUUUCCAUGAUGAUAACAAGCUUGGAGAAGGGGGAUUUGGCUCUGUAUACAAGGGAACAAUGCUAGAUGGAAAACAAAUAGCAGUAAAGAAGCUUUCUUUAAAAUCUUUGCAAGGGAAAAAUGAGUUUCUAAAUGAGGUUAAAUUGGUGGCCAAAAUUCAGCAUCGAAAUCUUGGGAAAUUACUUGGAUGUUGCACAGAGCAAUUAGAACGAUUGCUGGUUUAUGAGUUCUUGGUUAACAAGAGUCUUGACAAGAUACUAUUUCAUCCAGAGAGAAGAAAAGAGCUUGACUGGCCAAAGCGUUUGAACAUCAUAUGUGGAAUAGCUCGUGGGCUUCUAUACUUGCAUGAAGAUUCUCACCUACGAAUCAUCCAUCGUGAUAUCAAAGCAAGCAAUAUUCUUCUUGAUGAGAAAAUGGAGCCAAAAAUAUCAGAUUUUGGCUUAGCAAGACUGAUUGGUCAAGAUGAGAGUCAUGUUGAGACAAGGGUUGCAGGAACAUAUGGUUAUAUGGCACCAGAGUAUGCUAUGCAGGGUCAAUUAUCUACUAAAGCUGAUGUGUAUAGUUUUGGUGUUGUCAUUUUAGAAAUCAUAUUUGGAAGAAAGAAUACUGAUAAAAGAUUAUUUCCUGAAUUUCAAAGCUUGAUAGAUUGGGUAUGGAGAUCUUACCAUGAAGGAAAUAUAGUGAAUGUGAUUGAUAGAGAAAUAGUAGAGUUUUUCUCUAAUGAGCAAGUUUCAAGAUGUAUUUAUGUAGGUCUUUUAUGCUCACAAGCCAAUGCAUCACUUCGUCCACCAAUGACUACGAUUUAUGCAAUGCUUUCAAACCCUUCUAUGGAGAAGUUACUAGAUCCAACAAACCCUGCUUAUCUAAGUCUUGAACAAAAUGCAAUUCCACGUAGAUCAUAUACAUCUAAAUCAAUGUCAAUAACUACAAGUACAACGCCAUCUACUUCAUCUACCUCUCAUUUACUCCCCCCAUCUAUCAUCAAUUCAUCAAUAACCAGUUUAGAUCCAAGAUAAUCCUUUUUACUUUUUCUUAUAUAAUAAUUUCAAAGCUUUGAAUAGCAAC